CAGGUCCAGCCAUCGACGAGGAUCUCCCAGAUGAGACCGAGGAGGACUUGGAAAACGGUGAAGAUGUAAUGGCGCGUCAUCCGCUGAACAAGGCGGCCCUGGCAUCCAUGCAAGACCUUGGUUUGAUCCUUCCGCAGGCCUAUGACCAGGGUCUCUUUCGCUUCCAGGAGCCACGUCGCCCGCGCAACCCAAAUGUGCUGUCCAAGGCCAUGAACGACCACCCAAAGGCCUUGAUGGACAUCAUCGAUGCGGAAGUGGACUGUGAGCCAUCGAUGUCAGCACCCAAUGACUUCCGCCCGAACCGUGCGAUGAAGCGAUCCACACGGACAUCCAAGGUGGUUCGCAGGACCGGCAUCUUCAACUCGACAGUCUAUCGGGACAAGGUGAUGAAAGAUCGCGUGAGGUUCAUCAUUGGAAAGCACCACGCAAUAGACACGCAGAAUGCUGCCGCCUCUGCCAUCCAGAACACUUGGCGGUCUUGGCAUAAGUACUUGCAGGACAACUCCGAAUGGAUGACUGUAACAUGGAUUUGUGCAACUAUGAUCCAGUCACACUGGCGGUCCUCCCAUGUACGCCGUGUGAAGCUGGACAAGAUGAUCACAAAUGUCCAGAAAGUGUGUCGGGGAGUGCUUGUUCGACGAGCUAUGCGGCAACAUCGCGCUGCGGUGCUAAUUCAAAAACGCACUGUGGGUAUGCUUACGAGG